AUGCGGGACCCGCUUAGUGUUUGUCGUCGAGUCAAAGUGCGCGGUUCACUUAAAAAAUAUAGAAACAAAAAAAAUUAUAAAUCUGUAUACUAAUAACAGUAUAUGUAUAUAUAUUUUGUGUAAUAUUUUGUACAUUUGUUGUAAGCGUUAAAAUUAAAAAUUAAGAAAAAAAAAACACAAAAGGUGACGGCAUUUAUUAACAAGUUCCCAAAGAGUGUAAAGUAAAGAAGAUAAACCGAAACACACAGUACAAAAAAAAAAGAGAAAGUGCAAUGGGCAAAUUUGAAUAUUCCCUCGGUCUCAAUGAGCUCAAAUCGAAGGAGCUACGUCUAUGGCAGGCUUUAAUUGGUGAAUUUUUGGGUAAUUUCAUAUUGAAUUUCUUUGCCUGUGGCGCCUGCACUCAAAUCGAAGAUGGCACAUUCAAAGCCUUGGCCUUUGGUCUGGGUGUAUUCAUGGCCAUUACGAUUGUUGGCCAUUUGAGUGGCGGACAUGUCAAUCCUGCUGUUACCUUUGGCAUGCUCGUUGCCGGACGUGUGAGUCUAUUGAGAGCCAUCUUCUAUAUAAUCUUCCAGUGUCUGGGCGCUAUAGCCGGCACAGCAGCCGUAAAGAUCCUCCUCGAUCCGGAUUAUCACAAUGGCCUUGGACAUACAACUUUGGCUCAGAAUAUAACCGAACUUCAGGGUCUUGGCAUUGAGUUCUUUUUGGGACUGCUGUUGGUCUUGACAGUCUUUGGGGCCUGCGAUGGCAAUAAGCCAGACUCUAAGUAUACCGCUCCAUUGGCCAUUGGAAUGUCGGUGACUUUGGGCCAUUUGGGAACAAUCCGUUAUACCGGCUCUAGCAUGAAUCCGGCUCGUACGGUUGGAACUGCAUUUGCCACUGAUAUCUGGACUUCACAUUGGGUCUAUUGGGCUGGCCCCAUACUUGGAGGUGUGGCUGCUGCUUUGCUCUAUACUCAGAUAUUGGAGGCUAAACCUCAACCAAAAACAGGCGAAGCAGCUGAGAAAUAUCGCACACAUGCCGAUGAACGCGAGGUGAGAGUCAGGUUGAUAAAUGCCUGGAGCGAUAAGUAUUUUUAUUGAAUACUCCACUCCAAAACUCACGCAAUCAUCUACACACAUACAGACAAAAGACA